GGCAGCCGGCUGGGCUCGGCUCCGGGAGCGAGCGCUGCGCGGGGCUGCGGCCGCCGCUGCCGCCGGGCGCGCCUGCACGGUCCGCGGUGGCGGCCGCAUUAUGCUCAGCCAUGGCGUGGCUGCCGGGCGGGCUGGCCGAGCUGCGCUGGGGCGCGCUGGUCGUCCUCUUCGUGGCGGCGCUGGCCACGCUGGCCGUGUACCUGGUGCAGUACGCGCUGCUGGCGCUGCGGAGGGUUCGCCCGGCUCCGCCGCCGGCCGCGGCUCCGGCGCUGCAGCGGGACGAGCUGCGGGAGGAGGGCGGCUCGGUGCUGGCCUGGGCGCUGUCGCGGGGCAGCUGGAGGCGGCAGUGGCGAAGGGCCUGGGUGGCGGCGCUGCGAGCCCAGGCGGCGGAGCGGGAGGAUUCUCAGUUGCUCACAUUUGAGGAAGAUGACCCAGCAGAACCACUUGAGCUAGCAGUUAAAGAAGUUAACAGUGUUGUAAAGUCAGCUGGAGAGAAGGUGGUUUCUUGCAAUGUUGUGGGAGAUUCUGUGAAAUUCCUUGUUGCUGUCUCAGCCCCUCUGCCCUCAGCUGCUGAACCUCAGUCAUAUUUUGUGAAGCUGUCCCCAGUCCACCUGCAGCUUCAGCUCUAUGUGAAAGACAAAGGAGACGAUGUCAAAGUUGAGUGGUUCCUCAUUAACACCAAUGAAAUCAACUUUGAAAUCCAGCCAGCAGUGCAGGAGGAAGAGACAGCAGGGACAUGUGCAAUAUCUGAAACGCUCAGAGAUGUCUUGAAGAACCUCUUCAGCUCAGCUUCUCCAUCUGUAGUGUUGAGUGUCAGGCCUGCAGAUACAAAGGAGAUUCAGAAUGUACAGAACACAAGCCUUCUCCCUCAGGGCACAAGUCCUCCCAAACCUCCGAGGGCUCACGAGCUCAAGCUGCUGGUGAGGAACAUCGAGGUGAAGCUGAGUGAUCUCCGUGCUGCAGGCAGCACAGACCUUGUGUGUAUAGUUCAGUUGAAUGACCCUAUGCAGAAGUUUUCCAGCUCUGUAGCCAAAAAUGCUGCACAUCCCUUUUGGAAGGAAGAGUUUAUCUUUGAACUAAGUGCCAAAUCAAAAGCAUUGCAACUGCAAGUAGUAGAAGAUGGGAAGUUGGAUAGUCCUUUAUCUGGGAAGGUGACUGUGCCUCUGGACCUGUUCAGGAAACAACCCUCUGGCCAGCACAGCUUUGCACUGAGCGGGGCCAGGGAGAGCAGCUCGGAGCCAGGGCUGGGAUCCAUCAGUGCAGAGUUCUCUUUUAUAGAGCCCAGUGAGCUGAAGGCCAGGCAGGUCUCCUCUCCAGUGCUGGCCACCAAGAUCGAGAAGGAUCGCACAGUGAUGCCCUGCGGGACCGUGGUCACCACUGUCACUGCUGUGAGAACCAAACCUCGCCUGGAAGGGAGAGCAUCCCCCCUGAGCACAGAUUCUCCUGUGAAAACUCCAGUUAAAGUCAAGGUGACUGAAAAGGAUUUCACUGUUGAAGCCCUCCAGUCUCAUGGUGCUCCAGUCAGCAAAACAUUGUCAUCUUCAGAUACAGAGCUGCUGGUACUGAAUGGCACUGACCCUGUGGCAGAAGCAGCCAUCAGGCAGCUGAGUGAGUCUGCAAAGCAGAAGCUGAAGUCUCCUCGGAAGAAAAGCACCAUUAUCAUAUCAGGGGUGUCCAAGACCUCUUUAUCUCAGGACAGUGAAGCUUCACUGAUGAUGGACUAUGCUGCAGCCAUGGACAGCUCCUGCAGGGAGGCAGAUCCACCCACUGUGGAGGAAGCUGUUGCAAAAAUCAGCUCUGAUGAAAAGCAGCCAUUGAGUGCUUCAGAAACAGCCCCUGGUACUGAGCCACAGCAAAGCACCCACAAGGCCUGGGGUUUGGAGAAUGGCAGCCAGCAGUGGGACACCAGCACACUCUUAGACCAGAACUCUGAAGAAAUAUCUGGGAGCUCAUUAAGUGUUUCAGAAACUGGGAGCAUUAAAAAAUCUAAAGGUGGGAUUCUGAAGAAAAGCGCCAAGCUGUUUUUCCGCCGGCAGCAUCACCAGAAGGACCCGGGAAUGAGCCAGUCCCACAAUGACCUGGUGUUCCUGCAGCAGCCCCUGGCAGAGGAGGGCCGCAGGAAGGGGGGGACACUCUCACGGAUUCUGAGCAAGAAGCUCCUUUCCAGGAACAAGAGCAGGAACAAACUGAACGGUGCUUCGGGAGAGCCGUACCUAUAAACCCAAACCUGCUCGGUGGGAAACCUGCUCACCAGCUGAGCACUUGUUUACAGAGCAGUACUAGAGCAUACAAAUAUGGCUGAUGACUUGCAUAAAAGGAUGUUCACUAUUAACAGUGGUCUUUUUGGUUUAUUUUUCCAAAAUGCUUUUUUUCUCUGCUGAAGUCACUCCUGCAAACACAAGCAGUGCUGAAUGUGUCCUGAUGGCUUUUGGAGGAGCGUGUGGUUUCUGUGGAACAGGAGGGAGGACGGGGACUGGAGCAGGUGGGGACCAAGAAGGCACCUGAUGUCCUGGGGUGCACUGGGAAGACCAUUUCCAUCAGGUAAUGCCCCUGUGCCCAGCCCUGGAGGCUCCUCUGGGCUGCUGAGCCCAGCUCUGGCUGCUCAGCACAGCAGGGACAGGAGCUCCUGGGGCUGAGCAAGGGCCUGGAGCAUCUCCGUGCCCAGGAAAGGCUGAGGGAGCUGGGGCUGCUCAGCUGGAGAGGAGCCAGAGAGAGGGGCUCAGCCCUGGCUGUGUCUGGAUGUCUCUCUAUCUCUGUCUGUCUGUCCCUGUGUUUCCCUGUCUGUCCCUGUGUGCAGGGAGGGCAGAGCAGUCCCAGGCUCUGCUCCAGGCCCCAGCAAUGGCCCCAGAGCCAGGGGCAGGGGCUGAGCCCAGCAAUUCCCCCUGCACAGGAGGCACAACUUCUUUAUUGUGCACAGACCAUGCACUGGGGCAGACUGCCCAUAGAGGCUGUGGAUUCUCCUUCCCUGGAGAUACUCCAGAACUGUUUGGACACUGCUCUGUACCCUGUGCUCUGGGAUGGCCCUGCUGGAGCAGGGAGGUGGCACCAGGUGAUCCCACAGUGACUUCCAGCCUCACUGAUCCUGUAGGGAGGAACCAAACGUGAUCAUCUGGAUUUACAUCAACGGGGAGCUCAGAACUGAAACAUCACACCCAGUCUAUGUGACAGAACCUCUACAGAGAGAAGACACCACUGUGCUCCCUCACUGCAGCCUGCAACAGGAGCAACUGAUUUUUCUAGUCAGACUGAAAGGGGGGGAAGAAAAGAGGCCCAGAUCCAGUUUGUGUUGUAAUUUGGAAGCGGGUGAGUGUUCAGAAGCAGGAGGAGAACGCUGACUCAGAUACCCCACUGUAAUAACUGUAGCCUGCUAUAAUCACUGCUCAGCCCAUGGAGGUGGAGAGAUGCCUUUAACAUUAGCCAUAAAUCAAUAAAUUAUGCAAAUACCAAUACUAGCAUAUUGUUUAAUAUUCUGCUUUAAAAAAGUUAUGCUUAAAAAAUCCAGAACUUGGAUUGUUUUGUUUUUUUUUAAUUUACUUGAAGCUACUUGCAAAGUAUUUUCAAAAUCUUACAUGUAGCUUUUCCCUGUGUGAGAAGUUGUACUGCUGAUGCAAAAACUCAUCUUAGGGGCUCUAAUUCCUUCUCCCAAGUGCUUGGUAGACAAGUACAUAAACCAUCAUAUCAAAUGCAAAGCUAGGAGCAGUAAAUGGUGAAUAGAGCAUAGUUAACCCUACAGUGCUUUUCAUUGGAAAGCUUGUCCUACCUGCCAAACUCUUACUGAGAUCUUAAAAUACACAGUUGUGAAGAAAGCUUUUGAAAAAAUAUUAAAUUCCUUAGUUCAGUUUCUAGAUCUACCAGUGUUGUCACGUGCUGAGUGGUUGGUCAGAUGAGUUUAUUUCCUUGCUAAAUAUUGCAUCUGGCUUCUUUAGUCUAAAAUGAAAAACUGAUGAAAGGCAUAGUUCUCAUUUUGGCUAUGAAAAAGAAUAAAAUGUCAGUAUUUCACAGGUACCAUCUUUCAUGCUUUACCUGUACUUUUCCAUCAUCUACAUUCCUGCUGAGGACAAAGGACCAAGCCUGUUCUCUUCAGCCAAGAAAAACAUCCAUUCAUUCCAGCUAAAUUACUGAUGUGAAUGGAUGAUAGACCUUGUGCCUACUUUGCCAACAGUGAUUUUUUCCCCUUGCCCCUUUCCCCCCUUUAAGCUAUCCAACACUUUGGCAGAUAUUUGGGCUUUCAACUUAAAGCAUUCAUCAAAAAUAGAAAGUUACUGAAGAAUAGAAACACAUUUCAAAUUUCUGACAGAUUCAAGGUUGCCUGAUAAAUCAAUUCCAAAGUAGAGGGAGUUUUUGGUUUCUUUUUUACCAAGAAAGUAUUAGAACUGAACUGUCAAAAUCUUUUAACUGUUUAAAAAUACUGUUUAUGUGCAACCUCCUAAGAUCACUGUGGCAGCACUAUAGACCAGACUAUCAAAUAGUUGUACCUUUAAGCAUGUUGUUUGUUAUGAGAACACUUGAAGGCAUUUUAAUGUUCUAUAUUUUAAAAAUUGUGUACAAAUGAAUCUUCUGGAGCUGUAUUGUGCUUAGAAAUCCCAGUUCAGUAAUACAGGGUUUUGUUUAUUCCUAAUUUAAUACAAAGUAGAUAUUUUGUUUCUUCAUUUGUUCUAGAGUGGUUCAUGAUGUGAGCAUUAAAACUCUGAUGUCAUGUUCCCUCAACAGACACUUUUUCUCUUGAUUUUACCAGGAAUUCUCUGUGUUAUGGGGCAGGGUGGGAGUCAAGUCCAUGCCAUUUUUAAAUGCUCUUUGUUGCUGAAGGAUAAAACCACAACUGGUCCCUAAAUUCAAGAAAUCCAGAUGAAUCUGAGCUCCAUGGUUAGCACAUCCAUGCACUUAAAGAGCUGUGGAAUUGGGAAUGUAGAGGCAGCACAUAACAUUACUUGAAGUCUUCUUAAAUUACUGAGCUGGGAUUUUAAUUUACAGAAGCUUUAGCACAUACUGUAGAAACACUGAGUAACUUGCAGGAUACAGGACUGGAAUAUGCUUGUACCUUACCUCAGAGAAUGGAUACACAUGAAAAAAUGGUUAUCUUAAGGUCUUGAUGAUCACUUGAAUGCUUGUCAUGAUGGUGGGAAUGAAGAACAUCCUUUACUGCAAACUGCGUGAAGGUUUGGGCCCACAUGUGUUAAGAGAGAAUGAAUUCUUCAGAUGAGGAGAGCAAGGCAUUUGGUGUAAAAAGGGAAUCUGAUUUUUUAUUUGCCUUUACUCCUCAGGAAAAUAAACAUCAUUUGGUUUGAUGUUGGAUCUCUGUAUCUGGUGUGUUCCUCACCUCUUCUUACUCCUCUGCAAAUCAUUUAUGUCCUGCUGUAAAAACAAGCUAAGGCACCAAACACAAGGGGACAGUUGAGUUGCUCAGUUGUGACAACCCCAAAGACUCACCAAAAUUAAUUCCAUCCCCUCCUUAGGUUGUCAUUUAAGAUCAGGACAUCUGAGCAUGUACAUUUUUUGUGUAUCUGGGUCAGUGUGAGCUGGAUCCUCACAACCUGCAGGAUCCACACUGAAGUUUUGGGUCAGAAAGACUGGAUUUAUCAACUGGCACAAAUAACACAGCAAUGUGUCCUGUGCAGGUUUUGUGAAGGAUGCCAGAGGAAAUUACCUUCUGUGUUUUGUCAUUUGAUCCAUUGUUCAAAUGUCUGGUAAUUAAAAUUACAAAGAAUUUUAAUAACUAUCACUUGAACAGUAGAUAAAAUCUUUACAUUAUAUUAUUACACUGAAAACUUCUUGUUUACUGCCUUGCAAUUUAGUGACCUCAGAACAGUACAUUGGAAACAACCUUUGAAAUAUUAAUUCCUGUUGUUCCUUUUCUCAUACUUUUGUGUGUCUGGGUGUUCUGUACAGCAAAGAAAGCAUGGUAUUUAUUUCAUGAGGACUGAGAGAUGAAGGCUUGCUUUUCUUUUCUAAAGAAUUUUUCUGCUCAUACCUGCAACUUCUUAAUUUGUUUGUAAUUUGUUUUGCUUUAUGAUGUUUAAACUUUAAAUUUGCCUCGAUGGAGACAAGCCCUAUCCUCACCAAGAUUUGUCUUAGCUUUAGUGUGAAUUUUAACUGAGUAAAUAGUACAAGAAUUAAAUUGCUCUUUUUAGAUGAAAGCAAUAGAACUACCUAAUAUCUCCAAUGGGAAUACAAGCUAAGUAUGUUUCUUAAAGUGAUUGAGAUCCCUUUCAAAGUCACUUUAAAGAGGAGGGGUAGACUUUAUCACUAAGUCAUUGGUAUUUCAUAUCCUACUUGCCCCAGGAAGAAAUGAGAGUCAUUUCACUCCUAACAAUAUAUGAAACUUGGGAAUCUGAGGCAGAAGGAGUGCCAGGGUAGAAAAAAAAUCAUUUUGAAAGCAAAAUACCUUUGCCAAACUUCUUCAGCUUAAUGGACAGAUCAUACACUGUGCAGGCAUAAAUACUGGGUUUUAUUCUUAUGCUUUCUGACAGAUUUCUUUGUCCUUGCUCUCUCUUUGGGAGACAGGUUGGGGCUUCAGGCCAUACAGACCUUGUACUGUCUUGUUCUUGAGAGGACUGGAUUUAUAGUGCUGCUUUUUUGAUGAAAUUGGCUGGCAAUUACCCCAGUUUUGGGGAUCAGUUGGAAUUUUACAGCAUUUCCUGGUACUGCAUGUCCUUGCUGGUUCUAGGUGUUUUUCAAGUGAAAACUUUCUGCUGUGUAUUUCCUGCAGAGCUCUGUGUUCUUGAUGUGCAAAACAUCAUAGGAAAAAACAAAGCUGAAAGCAUAAAAUGCUACCAAUGUGGAUGGGGGAGAAAAAUAAAAAUCUUGCUCUUGUUUUAACGUGUUUUUUAGGUCUGGGAACUCUGGGUGUUACACAGAGUAAGGUGAGAGCUGCCUGGAUUUUUCAGUUGAGUUUAUUGCAGGCUUUGAUUUGGAGAGCUGAGGUUUGAGAGAAGUGCUUAUAGAAUUAACUGUGCCAUAGCUCCAGGCUAAGACAUUCCUGUUGUGAGUGGGAACAGCUGACCUCAUGCUCUGACCUCCACAGGACCUAAGUGGAUUUAUUCAUGUGUUUAAAGUCAGCAUAUGCUUCUGCACAUUGCUAAGCCUCAGCCUUGGUGACAAACAACUCCAGAUUAAUUAUAUAACAAGGUGAUUACUUUAUGUUAAGGGUGAAUGAAUAGCACUUCACUCAGGAUAUCCAAACUGCCACUAUGCAAGGUGCUGGCAUGGUGUGAAAAUAGCUGGGGAGGAUGCUCUGAGGUCUUUCCAGUACUAUAACUCUAUUUCCCAACGAUGUAUUAUGCUCUGUAUUAUUCCUCAUGGGGUAAAGCAUUUUUUUUUCUAGCAUCACCUGUCAUAGUCACUUCUGUGGUGUGUUUUUCUUUCUGUGCAUACAUAAACCUCAAGUUGGUGCAAUUAUGAAAUCUAUGAUGUACAGAUUUAUUAUAUCACUACAAAAACCUAAGAGGAUUUUUUUAAAGAAGUAACUCCUGCUGUACAUACAAUAAAAGCCAAUUGUCUCUG